AUUCACGUCUAACUAUCAGGCAGUGGCACAUCCGGUACACACGAUGACACACUUGGUGCAUCUGCGGAGGUACGACACCAGUCAGCCCUGGGGGUUCAAGAUGCAGGGCGGAUCAGAUAUCGGACUUCCGCUGUUCGUGGCGCACGUAUCCCCGGGAAGCAUUGCCGGUCACGCGGGCCUCAAGGCGGGGGACGGGAUCCUGCGGAUAGGGGCGGUCGACGUCACGGGGUUCACGCACGAGCAGGCACGUGGCGAGAUGAUCCGCUCCGGAAAUGAGAUCAAUCUGACAGUGCAACCCGAGGUUGUCCAUACGCCGGCCAGCGAUGAGGGGGACCAGCAUGUGGCGCCCCGGAUGUCCGUCAGUGACGCGGACGGACCUUACCAGGAUGUGACGUCAAAGACAUUCAAGAUGCUGGAAAAGGAACUUCCGGCGGCUGAGGCGGCAGGCGUUCGACCGGCGUCUAUAUUCGAUAAGCAGCGCCAACAGAGGGCGGCAUACACUAAAGCAGACAAGUCGGGAUAUACUAAACCACUUGGUGCUAAAUAGCGAUAUUUUUGUUUAAAUUAACGUUGUUCGCUGUGUGUUACUGUGAUGUUGAGCUGCAUUAAAGAAAAACAAACUAAAUUAUCUCCCCUGCUGUGCUAAUGAAAUAUUAAACCAAAACUAGUCCCUUGACUAUUUCACGGUGGGAUAAUAUCAGGGGAGUUAAACGGCUGUAAUAUGGGCGGCCAAGGAGAGAAAUAACAGUCCACGCUUAUUAUCUUUGUAAUAUAGUCUAUGUCAUCUCUGUCGCUGCAUUCAUUUUAAUAUAUGCAUCAAACCAAUAUGUAUUCACCGCCGGAGGUAUUUGCAAUGGACAUUACAAGGGAGACAAGAGUGUUAAUGUAUUACCAUAGAUCAGACGUGCACAGUUGCCUCCCAUGAGUUGUACAGGUUGGUCACUUCGGGUGAUCAACGAUUCUUAAUUAAAUCACAAUUGCAAUCGCUUUAUCUUUUUGAUGCAUGUUUCUCUGCGUUGACAAUAUGAACAAGUAACCGCUCGUGUUCUUUAGAAACAAUUUAAUAUUGUAGGGUAAGGGCAAUGCACAGACUUAAGGGAAAAAUAAUGUCUUAUUCUCGUAUUUGUUUGUUAACAUUAUAAUGUUUAUAUAAUUAAAUAUAAUGUUUAUAUAAUUAUGCAUUUAUCUGUAACCGUUUACAUAUAACUUGUUAAAUGGUGAAUAUGUUCCUUCAUAUACUGGGUAUACUGGAUAAAAUCUCUGAUGCUAUAUUUUUUUAAUUUAAUUGUUAGCAUGUGUUUUCUGCAAGCAUCGUUGUGAGUUUGUGAAUAAACGGUAUUGCUUGUUUUUA